AUGCUGCCUGGGCUGUUUUGGCUGCUUUUCUUCGCCGGCGAUGAAGGCUCUGCCUUGAAGAUGGAGAUGAUCUGGGUUUUAUUGCUGUCUCUGGUGCCGGUAUACAGCAGGGGACAAGGAGUUUACGCUCCUGCUCAGGCCCAAAUCAUCCAUGCUGGGCAGGCAUGUGUGGUGAAGGAAGACAACAUCAGCGAACGCGUUUACACCAUUCGGGAGGGGGACACACUAGUCCUGCAGUGUCUGGUCACAGGACAUCCCCGGCCACAGGUGAGAUGGACCAAAACCGCUGGCAGUGCGUCGGACAAAUUCCAAGAGACGUCAGUGCUUAACGAGACCCUUCGGAUUGAGAAGAUCCAAAGACUGCAGGGGGGCCGCUAUUACUGUAAAGCAGAAAAUGGGGUUGGGGUCCCUGCCAUCAAGUCCAUUCGAGUAGAUGUGCAGUAUCUAGAUGAACCUGUUCUCACUGUUCACCAGACCAUCAGUGAUGUACGUGGCAGCUUCUACCAGGAGAAGACUGUCUUCCUCCGCUGCACAGUCAACUCCAACCCACCAGCUCGCUUCAUCUGGAAACGGGGAGCUGAGACACUUUCCCACAGUCAGGACAAUGGUGUGGACAUCUAUGAGCCCCUCUACACACAGGGUGAAACCAAAGUCCUGAAGCUGAAGAACCUGCGGCCCCAGGAUUACGCCAGCUACACAUGCCAGGUGUCUGUCCGCAAUGUCUGCAGCAUCCCUGACAAAUCCAUCACCUUUCAGCUGACAAACACCACAGCCCCACCUGCUCUGAAGCUAUCUGUCAAUGAAACACUGGUGGUCAACCCUGGUGACAACAUCACCAUGCAGUGCUCUCUGACGGGCGGUGACCCACAGCCGGAUGUGGUUUGGUCUCACUCUCCCGGUCCAAUGCCACCCAACAGCCUUGUGCAAGGAGGCAACCUCUCUCUCUGGAGGAUCCGCGUGGAGGACUCGGGCUACUACAAUUGCACAGCCAUCAACAACGUGGGGAACCCAGCAAAGAAGAUGGUGAACCUGCUGGUGCGCUCCAUGAAGAACGCCACGUUCCAAAUCACCCCUGAUGUGAUCAAGGAGAGCGAGACCAUCCAGUUAGGACAGGACUUGAAGCUGUCAUGCCAUGUGGAUGCAGUCCCCCAGGAGAAGGUUGUCUAUUCCUGGUACAAGAAUGGAAAACCAGCCAGGUUCUCAGACCGGUUGCUCAUCACCAGGAAUGACCCCGAACUCUCACCUGUGACCUGCAGCUUGGAGAUUAUUGACCUGAGGUUCAGUGACUAUGGCACCUACCUAUGUGUGGCUACCUUCCAGGGAGCACCCAUUCCUGACCUCAGUGUGGAGGUGAACAUCUCCUCAGAGACAGUGCCACCAACCAUCAGUGUCCCAAAAGGUCAGUCCACCAUCACCGUCCGGGAGGGCUCCAGAACUGAGCUUCAGUGCGAGGUUCGAGGGAAGCCCAAGCCACCCAUCAUCUGGUCCCGAGUAGAUAAGGAAACCCCUAUGCCUUCGGGAACGAUGACAAUGGAGACAUACGAUGGGAAGCUGCGCCUGGAGAGUGUGAGCCGAGAAAUGAGUGGGACCUAUAAGUGCCAGACAGCCAGGUACAACGGCUUCAACAUCAGGCCCCGGGAAGCCCUGGUGCAGCUCAACGUGCAGUUCCCGCCCGUGGUGGAGCCGGCCUUCCAGGACGUGCGGCAGGGCAUGGGCCGCAGCGUUAGCCUGCGCUGCACCAUGCUGAAGGGCAGCCCCAUGAAGGUGGCCACGUCUGUCUGGCGCUUCAACGGGACCCUUCUGGCACAGCCCCUGGCAGAGCAGCAGGACUACUCGGAGCUGAAGGUGGACAGCGUCAGCCGGGAGACCAGCGGUAGCUACGAGUGCAGCAUUUCCAAUGACGUGGGUGUCUCCACCUGCCUCUUCCAGGUGUCUGCAAAAGCUUACAGCCCAGAGUUUUACUAUGAUACUCCCAACCCCACCUUGAGCCAGAAGCAGUCCAAGAAUUACUCUUACGUCUUGCAGUGGACACAGAAGGAGCCCGAUGCUGUGGAUCCCAUCCUCAAGUACCGCCUGGAAGUCCGGCAGCUGUCUCAGAGAAACACCAUCCAAACCUUCAUUCCUGUGCAGAAAAUGGAGAAAGGCCUGUUGCUGGAGCACAUCUUGCCCAAUCUGAAAGUGCCUCAGAGCUAUGAAGUUCGCCUGACACCCAUCACCAGCUUUGGGGCUGGAGAUAUGGCUGCUCGCAUCAUCCGGUACAUGGAACCAAUCAACUAUCCCAACCCAACAGACAACACCUGCCGCUUUGAGGAUGAGAAGAUCUGUGGCUUCGUGCAGGACAAGAUGGACAAUUUUGACUGGACACGGCAGAACGCUCUGACCCAGAACCCCAAACGUACCGUCAACACAGGGCCCCCCACGGACAUCAGCGGUACGCCGGAGGGUUAUUACAUGUUCAUUGAAGCGUCCCGGCCGCGGGUGACGGGAGACAAAGCCCGGCUCAUCAGCCCUCUCUACAACAUCACUGCCAAGUAUUACUGUGUCUCCUUCUACUAUCACAUGUACGGGAAGCACAUCGGCUCCCUGAACUUGCUGGUCCGUGUGAGGAACAAGCGAGCCAUCGACACCCAGGUCUGGUCCCUCAGCGGGAACCGGGGCAACAUGUGGCAGCAAGCACACGUGCCCAUAAACCCUCCCGGGCCCUUCCAGAUCAUCUUCGAAGGCGUCCGUGGCACGAGCUACGAGGGGGACAUUGCCAUCGAUGAUGUCACUCUGAAAAAGGGGGACUGUCCAAGGAAGCCCAUCGGACCGAAUAAGGCGGUUGCUCUUCCCGGAAGCGGUGUUCCAGCCCUGCACAGCCCUUGUCUUUGUGGCCCAUUGACUUUCUUCCUUUACGUGCUGCUCAGAUGAUGGCAAGCAAGCGCUCCUUUCUUCGGACCGAGACAUUCCUGCUCCUUUCCUACUCAGUCACCUCUGCUCCUCUUCCUCCCCUCCUCACUGGCACACCAAAGUGUCCAUAUGUUACCAAAGACUGACAGGCAU